ACUGGCUGCACGAAGCCUGUGCCGUAUGGACCGCUGGGGUUUUCCUGGUGGCAGGGAAGCUCUAUGGGCUGCAGGAGGCUGUCAAGGCGGCUGCCGACCUGAAGUGCUCGAGCUGCCAGCAAGCAGGAGCCACCGUGGGCUGCUGCCAGAAGGGGUGUCCCCACACCUACCACUACGCGUGUGCCAUCGACACAGGCUGCUUAUUAACUGAGGAGAGCUUCUCUCUGAGAUGUCCCAAACAUAAG